CUCAGCAGCAGCAGCACAUGAGCGAGCCUCUCCAGCCAGACUGCCGCCACCCGAAGCCCCUUCCAGCUCCAGCCAGGGUAAACUCCCCCCUCCCCUAACCGGACUCAGACAAACCGCUGUCCCAACGCGAACCCGCCUCUCUCACGCCAAAUGCGCUCCUACUUCUACCGGAAGAGGGAAAAAAGGAGUCAAAGUUGGAGAAUACGAUAGGACGGUGAAGCUACAUCGCACAAGUUUUUCUUCUUUGCCCCCAGUUUUUAGCCCCGCGGCGGGGCAGUUACAGCGAGGGCAGGCCGGGGCUGCUGGUGGCUACAGGAGACCGUAUGAUGUGGAUCUGGUACCUCCUGCUUGGUUCGGGGUCAGGCUCAAGAACAGUUGAGAGCCAGCUGCUUCCAGGGAACAACUUCACCACAGAGUGCAACAUCCCUGGAAACUUCAUGUGUGGCGAUGGGAGGUGUGUACCUGGUGGGUGGCAGUGUGACGGAUUGCCCGACUGCUUUGACAGGAGUGACGAGAAGGGCUGUCCAAAGGUCAAGUCGAAGUGCGCUCCCACAUUCUUUGCCUGUGCUAAUGGCGUCCACUGCAUCAUCGGCCGCUUCCGCUGCAACGGCUUCAGCGACUGUCCAGACGGGAGUGACGAGGAGAACUGCACAGGCAACCCGCUGGUGUGCUCAGAGUCUCGCUUCAAGUGUCGAAAUGGCCGCUGUGUGGACCGCAGCUUCUUGUGUAACGGCCAGGACAACUGUCAGGACAACAGCGACGAGGAGCUCUGCCUGACGACAGCAGAAGCCCCUGGCCAGGACUUUGUGACACUUGACUACCGCCUGCGCUACUAUCCCAGCAUUACCUACGCGGUCAUCGGCAGUGCUGUCAUCUUCGUCCUGGUGGUGGCGCUGUUGGCCUUGGUGGUCCACCACCAGAGGAAGCGAAGCGUCCUGUUGCCCAGGGGAGUCAGAGGGGGCUCACACCACCACCACCACCACCAGCCCCUGCUGCUGUCCCGCCUGGUCAUCUUGGACCGAGGCCACGGCCAUCCCGGUGGUCCUGGUCUCUCACCCAGCUCCUCCCUCACAACAGGCCAGUACAGCUCAACAACUCAGGCGCUGCAGCUGCUGUCUGGGACCCUGUAUCCCUCUGGACUCUCCGUGGACUCCCCCCCGUCAUACUCACAAGCUGUUCUGGAUGUCAGUCGGCCUCCCUGGUUCGAUCUCCCUCCUCCUCCAUACCUCCCCGAUAGAGACCUUCCAUCGGCAGACGAGCUGCCUGAGUACGAGGCCACACAAGACCCUUUGAACCACCAUCCAGCCUGUCCCACUGCGCCUUCCACACAGCGAACUGUGGCCUCGGGCUCACAGCUGAGCUCCGGCACCAGAGAGGAGUCGGAGCAGCAUUAGCCCCUUUAUUCUACUUAAACUGACAAUUGGUGGAACUUAGAGACUAAAGGACCAGGCUGCUGGGUUACUUGAGGCGAGCACAGUCCACUACAAGGACCUGCUGAGGAUAUUCAUCCAGGACUGAGAGACUAAACAGCAAAGACCCGCUUCCUGAGCCACACUGCUCCUGUAUGCUGGCUCACCCUGCUGGAGUCAUGGCUGCACUACACCUUCAUGUUCAGUGAUUUGGCCUUUAUUCAUUGUGCUCCCGUGUGAGUACUGUAAGUAUUUUGUUUGAUCAGAUAACAGUGGCUGCAGUCUGUGAGUAAACUGUCUUUCAUUAACAUAACAAGGGAAGCACCUUAAAAGGUCACUUUGUUAUUCAUUUCAGAGGUUACGUGUCAUGCGCACAAGACCUUACAUUUCACAUCUGCAGUGUUUUUUUCUGGUUAAGAUGCCAUUUUGGUUAAACUCUUUGGUUUACAGUAUAUGUUUUUAUCAUUCCUCUGAAAAAAAAAAGAAUCAAUUGUGCCGGCAAAGAAAUGUUGUUAAAUUUCCAUCAUUUCAACAUUUCUCGGUCUUAUUCUUCCAUUUGUGCCUUUAUAUAUGAAAUGUUUUCAUAUCUAGUUUUAAGCCUCAAAGUACAACAACCCCUUAUGUGCGAUUUAACAGCGAGUUCCCACAAUAGCAAACAUUUAAGAUUCUUAAAAUUGUGUAUUGUUCAAAUUCCGCCUGACGACAGUAAAUGUAUAGACUCGAGAGAAUCGCGCUGAGAAGUAUUAACGAGUGACACCUGAAGGAUCUGUGUUCAACACGUUUGUGUUCAUUUCAAAACGCUCUGUAUGACACUGUACAUAUAAGAUGGCAGAAAAUAUAUAUAUUUAGAAGUAGAAAAAUACUUUAAAGCUUAAAGGUACAG